AUGCCGUCCUUGCAACACUUCAAGAAAACGGAGAAGGACGUGAUCGGGGGCCUGUGCAGCCUUGCCAACAUCCCCCUCAGUCCAGAGACUGCACAGGACCAAGAAAGACGGAUUCGCCGGGAAAUUGCAAACAGCAAUGAGCGACGCCGAAUGCAAAGCAUCAAUGCUGGAUUUCACUCCCUCAAAUCACUCUUGCCGCAUGCAGAUGGAGAAAAGUUGAGCAAGGCGGCGAUCUUGCAGCAGACAGCAGAUUAUAUUUAUGCGCUGGAGCAGGAAAAGACUCAGCUCUUGGCCCAGAAUAACCAGCUCAAACGAUUUCUUCAGGAGUUCAGUGGUUCAUCCCCAAAGAGGAAGCGGGCAGAGGAGAAAGAUGAGGGCAUUGGUUCUCCGGACACGAUGGACGAGGAUAAAGUGGACGAGCUGCGGCGAGAGAUGCUGGAGCUUCGGCAGCAGCUUGAAAAAGAGCGCUCUGCUCGGAUGCAACUGGAGGAGCAGGUGCGUACCUUGGACGGACAGUCUCUGAAGGUGAUCACUCAGCAGGUGGAAGAGGAGCAGACUCUGCUGCAGAACCACACGCUCUUACGACUAAAGCAAAUCCACGCACUGGACAAACAGACAGCACAGGUACGUGCACCUUCGGCACCUCCCGCCCCCACACAUCACCCCACAGUGAUCGUCCCAGCGCCCACACAACCGCAGCCUCAUCAUGUGACUGUGGUGACCAUGAGUCCAUCAGGCCAGACCGCCACCGUGUCCACCUCCAGACAGAACCUUGACACUAUAGUGCAGGCUAUUCAACAUAUUGAACGCAAUCAGGAGAGGAGAGCCAGUGCAGAGGAGGAGCAGAGGCGAGCUGUUAUUGUUAGCCCCAGUCAUGCUGCUUUGGAAGUCACAUGUUCAGAGACGGACACAGACACCGAGGGAGAGGACUGCUCAAUGAACUGA